UUAAAUCUCAGUCCAGAAGCAAUGAAUGCGGCGGAUUGUCACUCCUUACUGAAGAAAUACCUCAGUAAGAGCGUUGUCGAUCAACUUAAAGACAAGAAAACGAAAUUGGGAGCCACACUUCUCGACGUCAUUCAGUCCGGAGUUGCCAAUCUCGACUCUGGUGUUGGUAUUUAUGCUCCGGAUGCCGAAGCGUACACUCUGUUCAAGCCACUCUUUGAUCCUGUGAUUCAGGACUACCAUAAUGGGUUCUCGCCGAGUCAGAAGCAGCCUGCUACUGACCUCGGAGAAGGAAAGACGGCGCAGCUUGUCGACCUCGAUCCUGAGGGAAAGUUCAUCAAUUCUACUCGAAUUAGGUGUGGACGUUCUCUCGCUGGAUAUCCGUUCAAUCCUUGUCUUACUGAGGCAAACUAUCUGGAAAUGGAAGCUAAAGUGAAGAAAAUUUUCGAGACCAUAACUGAUCCUGAACUACAAGGUACAUAUUAUCCUCUCGAUGGUAUGACCAAAGAGGUUCAGAACCAACUCAUCAAAGACCACUUUCUUUUCAAAGAAGGUGACAGAUUCCUUCAAGCUGCUAACGCUUGCCGGUACUGGCCCAAAGGUCGUGGUAUCUUCCAUAACAAGGACAAGACGUUCUUAGUUUGGGUCAACGAAGAGGAUCAUCUCCGCAUCAUCUCCAUGCAAGAAGGUGGAAAUGUGUUGGAACGUUUAAUUAAAGGUGUAAAGACGAUCCAAGCUCAGGCUCCAUUCUCUCGCGAUGAUCGCCUUGGUUGGCUCACUUUCUGUCCAUCAAACCUAGGAACAACUGUUCGUGCAUCUGUGCAUAUUCGUCUACCAAAAAUAUCUGCCAAGCCGGACUUUAAGAAAAUUUGUGAUGAACUUAAACUACAGAUCCGUGGUAUUCAUGGUGAACAUUCGGAUUCUGAAGGUGGUGUAUAUGACAUAUCGAAUAAAGCCCGUCUUGGUCUUACUGAAUUUGAAGCAGUCAAACAGAUGUAUGACGGUGUCAAGCAUCUCAUUGAACUGGAGAAGAAAGCUUAA